AUGAAUGGGUGUCUGGAUUUUUAUUACAUUUUGCCAAGGACAUGUGCAUAAUAAAUCAUCGUCGCUCACGCCAUUCGUCAAUUUCUUCGGGCUACGAAUCAUGCUCUGCAGCUGGCGAUGAACCUGUGAUCGUGCAAUGGAUCAGCAAGAUGGUUGGAGCGGAGGAGAGUUGGGUGCAGCUGGAAAUAUUACCGAAGUUUCAGAGGCCGAUCGUCAACGUGUACGCAUUGAGUUCUAUGCUACUUAUGACGUCAUGACCGGUGUGCGCAUAGCCGCUACUCUCGGCGGCUUUUUUGCGCUAAUGGUUUUCCUGAUUGUUUAUAAGAGUCGAAGCAAGUCAGUCAAGGCUCUAAAUGAUCCCAAAAUAGUCGAAUUGGCAGAAGCUGUAGUUGCUGAGGAAGAGGCGGUUGAAGAAGAACGACAACUAACUGCAGCUUUAGAAGAAGCAUUAUCAGAGCGUGCAAGAUCCAGACCUUCCAUUGGAGAGGAGCCACCGUGGCCACGAACAGCACGCUUCAUGUCAUAUGGUGGAGGUUAUGGAAGUUUGCUCACUCCACCGCGUCGCCUAUCUACUCCCCGUGGCGAAUCGCUGCCUGGCUCAGCUUUGCGCUUUGCUGAAAGACGAGCUUCUGGUGGCCCUAGAGACCGUCGUUUAAGCUCAGCAACGUGCUCUAGUUCUGGAAGUUCGUAUUUGGAGCGUCGAGGAUCAUCUGUGGUUUGCGCAUUGCCUGAGCGACGUUUAUCUCCUUGUCCGAGCGAGCGUCUUGCGCCGUUAGCGUCUGUAGGAAGCAUAGGGCCGUCCUACGCAGUUGAGUGUGAAUUAGCAUCCAUUGGUGCAGAUUCAGUAUUUGCUGAAGAUGAUGAUGACUCCACAGACGAUGAAGUGGAACAGUUUUCGACAGAUAGUGGUGGGUGUGAAGCGGCGGGUAUCGGUGAAUGCACGGAGUUAUCGAGUCGCCCCGAGGUUUUGCCUUUGCGAGUGGACCGUGCAUCUCACUCCCGUGAAACGUUGUUCUAGUAUUUGAAAAGGUUUGCCAGCUGUUGCACAAUGUUGAUUAGCACAUUAAAAUAUCGACUGUUUCAAACUUUUACUUAUAUUACUUUUUCAAUUGGCAUUUGUUACAUAUCACACACUGAAUUGAUAAAUUUUACAUAUCAUUUAAGUUAAAAUCUUUACCAUUCAAGAAAUUAUUCGGACUCAAUUAUAACUCAUUCGCUUUUUAAAGUUCCUGUACAUUCACUUCACUUCUAGUAAGUUUUACCUGAUGAUCGACCAAUUCAUCUAGGAUAUAAAAAAGGAAAGGAAUGAAAUUGUCGAUAUUUUAAUAUGUUCAAAUUAUAUGUAAAUAGAGUGUUUUUGUUAAUAAAUUGAUGUUUCACAAUGUUAAUGUACCAUACCGCGGUAAAGUUAUUGAAAGUUCUCAAUUGAAUUUGAUCUUUCUAUACCCGUAUUUGUAACAUACCUACUUAAGUGAUUGUUAUCAGAUUCAUACUUCACAUGUUUAAAAUAAUUGUUUUGCUAAUACACCAGACCCGUUCUUUCAUAGGGCUACUUACAUUAUGCUGACAUAUUUAUUCACCAAUUAGUGUUCUCUGUAAAAAAGUACAUACUUACUAGAUAGAGUAAAGAUCUGCCGAAUUAGUCUUUUAUAGGCACUAUUAAAUUUGAAUAGGCAAGUUGAAUAGUUUUCGAAGAAUUUUUAACUUCUGACAAUCGCCAACUCUAUUUACAAAGUUAUUCAAAACUACCGGGCUAACUAACUCCAACCCUGCUGAAAGUGAGGGUGUUAAGUCUUAAAGUUGCCGAUUCCACAUGGUAUUUGUAAAUGUAGAUAGGUAGGUAGAAUACUAACUUUGUUAAGGUAGUCUUCAGUGAAAAGUCAAUUUGAGAAUGUGUAAUUGUAUAUGCGUAGACAUACUUGUUUUUUAUUUUAAAUUACCCUCGAAAUUAUUGAAGGGCACUUGAGACCAAUACGUCCUUUGAACAAUAAAUGAACGCUGGAAGCGGCCUAAAAUAAUUAUGCUCGUACCAAAUCACUUUCCAAUGAAGCUGCGGACUGCCACUGUUCUUGUGUAGCGUAUUAAACGGUGCGGACGCCAGAAUUUUAUUGGUUCUAGUGUGCCCACCAUGCCUCUUGCAGGCAUAGGUAGAUUGACUACACGAAAGUCGUUUUUAUUACGUAAGAUUUAGAUUUACGUGUUAGUUCAUGUAAUGUUCGUUGCUCGAAUUAAAAAGAGCUCCCGGUAGUCUGUACAAUGUUGAGAUGUAUGUAAAAAGCUGUAAAUAUAAAAACAC